GGCCGCCUGCGGGCAGCAAGAGGGCGCCCAGUGCUUGCAACCGAGGGUAGCUUCCCGACCUCUCGCGCAGCUGGGCCAACUUGCGGGCUGCGGUGGGGCGCCGGGCGAGCGCGGGGUGCGGCCGCGCGCUCUGCACUGCCAAGCCCCUCCCCAGGCGAAGCCUGAGCGGCGGUCACCGCGGGCAGCCGGGGCGCGGAGCAGGGCUCCUCCGCCUCCGCGGUACAGACAUCCGAGGCCGGGUGAUGCGCCGGGGCGAGAGGCGCUCCUGUGCACCCGCAGCCAGCAACAGCCCCCCCGGCCGGGUCACCCCGCCGCCUGCCGCAGCCCCCAAACGGCGGGCUGAGGACCCCCGCGCUGUGCGACGCUCCAAGCGAGGAAGAUGAGGAUCCGUGUCCUCCUCCUGCUGUUCCUGUUUGAGGCCCACAGCCACGCAGCCUCAAGGCCCAACUUCGUCCUGCUGAUGGCCGACGACCUUGGCAUCGGAGACCCUGGCUGCUAUGGGAACGAGACGCUCAGGACGCCCAAUAUUGACCGGUUGGCUGAAGGAGGAGUGAAGCUCACUCACCACUUGGCAGCUUCACCCCUGUGCACACCAAGUAGGGCAGCGUUCAUGACAGGCCGGUACCCCAUCCGAUCAGGAAUGGCAUCUGAGUCCCUCGUGGGGGUGUUUAUUUUCUCGGCCUCUUCUGGAGGACUUCCCACCAGUGAGAUUACCUUUGCCAAGCUUCUCAAGAAUCAAGGCUAUUCAACAGCUCUGAUAGGCAAGUGGCACCUUGGGACAAACUGUCACAACAAGACAGACUUUUGUCACCACCCCUUGAGCCACGGCUUUGACUAUUUCCAUGGGAUCCCCAUGACCAACUUGAGGGACUGCAAGCCCGGAGAAGGCAGCGUCUUCAGUGGAGGCAUCAGGGUGCUGGUCUUCAUCCCCCUUCAGAUCAUUGCGAUCACGCUCCUCACCUUGGCGGUGCUCAAGUUCCUUGGGCUGGCCCAUGUGCCCCCCGGGAUCUUCGUCUGCCUUCUCUGCCUGGCCGCCAUGAUACUCGGCCUUCUGGUGUGCUUCCUGCAUUACUUCCGGCCCCUAAACUGCUUCCUGAUGAGGAACCAUGAGAUCACCCAGCAGCCCAUAUCCUACGACAACCUCAUGCAGAGGCUGACGGCGGACGCGGUCCAGUUCAUACAACGGAACGCUGAGACGCCGUUCCUGCUGGUCCUGUCAUACCUCCACGUGCACACGGCCCUCUUCGCUUCCAAGGACUUCUCCGGCAAAAGCAAACAUGGUGCUUACGGUGACGCUGUCGAGGAAAUGGACUGGGGCGUUGGGCAGAUCUUGAAUGUUCUCGAUGAGUUGAAACUGGCUAAUAACACCCUCGUCUACUUCACCUCGGAUCAAGGAGCCCAUGUGGAAGAGGUGAGCACCAAGGGAGAAGUCCACGGAGGCAGUAACGGAAUCUAUAAAGGGGGGAAAGCAAACAACUGGGAAGGAGGUAUCCGGAUUCCGGGCAUUCUUCGGUGGCCAGGGGUGAUAAAGGCUGGGCUAGAGAUUGACGAGCCAACGAGCAACAUGGACAUAUUUCCUACGGUGGUCAACCUCGCAGGAUCUCCACUGCCCAAGGACAGAAUCAUCGAUGGACGGGACCUCAUGCCUCUGCUUCAAGGGAAGACCCAACUCUCCGAUCAUGAGUUUCUCUUCCAUUACUGCAACUUCUACUUAAACGCUGUGCGCUGGAGCCCUCGGAAUAGCACGUCCGUCUGGAAGGCCUUCUUCUUCACGCCCAAGUUCAGCCCCGAGGGCGCCAACGGGUGCUUUUCCACACACGUGUGUUUAUGCCACGGGCCGUUUGUGAACCAGCAUCACCCGCCGCUGCUCUUCGAUAUUUCCAGAGACCCCAGGGAGAGAAACCCGCUAUCGCCGACGACUGAGCCCCGCUUCCAGGAGAUCGUCGACGUCAUGCGGCGGGCCGCAGACCGCCACGCCGAGACCCUGCAGGAGGUCCCCAAUCAGCUGUCACUGGGCAACAUUCUCUGGAAGCCGUGGCUUCAGAUGUGCUGCUCGUCUUCCGGGCUGUCCUGCCAGUGUGACCGGGAGGAACAGGCCCGGAGGGCGAGCCACUAGGUGCACGUCUGGGGACAGAGGCCCGGCACCCUGUCGGCACCUCGGACUGGGAGCCUCUCUCCAUCUUACUGCCCAAAGGCUCCGUCAAGAGCCCCCCGGUUACGCCAGGGGGAAAGCAAAGUCUACGGUAUACACAGGGAUAAAUGCCAGACGUGGGGUUCCGUGGCCAAAAUUCUUAGAGUCCCGUAAGUGUGGGGGGUCAGGUGGGUGGUGAGGAGCAGAAGGUAUCAUGCUGACUCCUCUGCAGAUGAGCGGACCCAUGGCAUAAGGCGCCGUUACUCCACGAUGCCUUGUGGUGCAUCGGCCGCCAUGAUUUCCCUGGCACACCAAUAAACAACGGAAUAGCAUUUAAACAGCACUUACUGAAUCUUAAUAUAUGCAACCUAGAAUGAGUAAAGGACCAUCUUCUUCACCAAUAAUAGAUGAUGCUCAAUUGCAGUUUGAUUUGGAAGGCAGUUAUUAUCAGUGUUAUUUAGAGCACAUAUUAAAAACUAUGCAUGAUAGAUAUAUUUACAGAUACACAGUUUCUUUCCUCGGGAAUUCAGAGAUAUUUGAACUAUAAAACUAGAAGCUUCACACUAUUUAGGUAAAAGCAAGAGAGGUUCACAGAUAAGACUUUCCUCGUGCAGCAGACUUUUUUGUGAAAUCCUUCGGGAACCAUAAUCCCAAGACAAAUCUGUCCUGAAUGGAUUUCCGUUGCAUACUUUAUAGUGUUAUAUUUGGGUUUUACUGUUUCUUUGGUGAAUGGAAGUUCCCAGAUAAAGGCUACCUCGGGGAUAGUAUAGCACGAGGAAUCCCUCCCAAUGCAGUGCAGAAUUAUUGGCCUGGAAAGUGUGUUACUCAGCGGGGAGAACUCGUAAGGAGUCCAUGACCCUGGCACAAUAUCAUGAUACCUUUCGUUCUUGCAGAAUUUACUGAUGAGACCACAGUAGUUCAUAUAGGUACCUUUGUUUUUUACACUUGUAUUGUGUGGCUAACAAAUACCUGUGCCUUCCGUCCUCGAUGAGAUGUACAAUUUCGCUUUAAUCCUGCUUAUUCCGACAUCAGUAAUUGAGGGGCAGGGCAUCAGCAGGCCACGUAGGAGGCGGUGGGCAGUGGCUCUGUAGGAGGAAGGUCCUGAGUCUGCACCACCAGCCCCCACGGAGGAGAGGAUGCACCUGAGUAGAGGAUGCUCAUGUCACUCGAUCAGACUCUAGACAUCUGCCAACGGUAUCGUGGGGAUUCCUUUUCGGGUCAGUGGAGAGGACCUGCUGUUCCGUGCUUAUCCAUUCGUCUCUUUAGUGCACAUGUCUGAGCAUUCCCUCUUGGCCCAGUGUUUGCUCUGUUCCGGGAGACGGCAGAUCGAUGCAAAGCCUGGACCCCGCGUGGCCCUGUGGAGAGAAUGUGUGCUCUCAGACGCCCUGACCGUGGGCCACACGUCUCUCCACGUGUUCCCCACCCCGGGAAGAACUUCCAAAUCCAGUAGUAUUACUGCAUUUCCUCUUGAGAUCCGUGAUUUCACAUUUUACAUCUUUCUUUUCUUACAACCUACAAGUGAUGUUUUUUUUUCCUCCCCUCCCCGGGAAAGGUUGAAGGUUGGCGAGCAAACGGGUUUCUUAUUUUUCAUGUGGAUUUCUAACUCCAGAAGUGGCUGAGAAUCUGUCCUGUUGCUUUAGGAACCUUCGCUAACGACUGUACUAGCUUGUUAAUAACGGGGUGGGGUUAUUGCUGGUAUUACUAUGCAGAAACUAUUUAAAACCACUAUUACAAACUUCGGUAUUACGCUGAUCAUGUUUACUCAAAGUUUAACACACUCAAUGCAAGUGGACUCUUCUAGACAACACUUCAGGGGGUGGGGAUGUGUGUUGGAGGAUUAAGUGAAAGGAAGCACUUUUAUAGAAUAUGUGAAUACGUAUGUAUGUGUAGAGUUGUUCAGUCUGUACUGAAUGUUCGCAGCCAAUGAAGGACAUAUACCUCUAGAAAUAAAAUCAGCUUUAAAGUAUUUGCCUUAAGGGGCGCCUGGGUGGCUCACAUGAUUAAGCGUCUGCCUUUGGCUCAGGUCAUGAUCUCAGGGUCCUGGGAUCGAGUACCCUAUCGGGCCCCCUGCUCAACGGAGAGCCUGCUUCUCCCUCUCCCUCUGCCGCUCCCCCUGCUUCUGUGUUCUCUCUUUCUCUCAAAUAAGCAAAUAAAAUCUUAAAAAAAAACUAUUGGCCUCAAAAUAACUUAUGACUGUUAUGAAUCAGGGUAUUGGAAAAUCAAAUUUAUUCAUGAUAAGCAUAAUUCUUAGGUUUCAACCCACUUGCCAUCUGAAAGUUUUGCUUGGGGUCCACAGCAGGACAUUGGAAUUCUUUUUUCAGCAGACACCUAGCAAGCCUUCUUUAUGACCUAGUUUGUUUUGUUUUUACGAGUCUGUAAGAGGCUACUUGUUUUCAAAACAUCUCACUGGUAUUGCCUCUUGAGUUGUACGUCUAAACCUUACUGGGUUUUGGAGCUUUAAACAGAUUCUUUUAAAAGAAAGAAGGCUUUCUAUUCGUAGCAUGUCCUAGCUAACAUCCUAAGCAAACAGGAACUAUGGACAGACCUCAUUUCCCAAGGUCAGUAACCCUGCGUGAAAAGCAGAAUCGCAGCCUGCAUCGUGAAGGAUUCAAGAAAAGAAACAGACAUCGGAUUGUCCUGGAGGACGUACAGGGGAGAGGGGAGAAAAGAUGCAGGGAAAGGACUUGGUCCACGUCUGAGAGAUGCCGUCUGUAAAGUGACGCACCUGCUUAAGGUUUCUGAAAACACCGUUCUGAUGUCCAUGCAAAAGUAAAAUAAAAUUUUCCUUGGCGA